GGUGGUGGUAGUAAUAGUAGUAGUAGUAGUAGUCAAGUCAUUGUGAACUCUGAUACUAAGAACUGGGCUCUUGGAAAUGGAGUGGGAGAACAGCAACACCAAAUAUAUCCUGCAUACCAGAGGGCUGAAGAACAGACAGAACAGGUAGCUAAAUGCAGCCUAUUGAGGAAUGUUUGAACUUUGGCUUUCUUUAAUCAUUGCCACAUCUUGCUCCAUAAUAAGAGUAAUUGCAAUCCUGCUCCAAAGCUAUUUCUAAGAAUAGUGCCAAGGCUGGCAUCCCUAACUCUCCCCUCCUUUAGCCAGGCUGCUCUAUCUAUGGCAAUGUCCCCUACUUCCCCAGACCAGGUUAGGAGGGAACAAGAGAGGAGUUCACCCCAACUGCUUUAACAAGUCUGAACCGCCAGGUCAAGAGAUGAAGUAAUCUUCCUCCUAUACGAAGACCAGAGGUGGGGAUGGACGAGGUGGCCAAGGCAGCAGCUGAGGCUCAAGGAACAGAUAUACUCUCAAGCCUGCUCCCUCCUGCUCCAGUUCCCAGCUCAGCAGGUGCCACUGAAGGGCUCAUUUCUUCAACCUGCCCCCACAGAGUGCUCUGCCUUUCCAUGUUCUCUGACACCUCUUAUUCACUCACCCAGGACAACUGAGAAAGUGGCCUCCUUGGUGAGAAGAGCUUCCACAGCCUCUCUCGGGGAAAAGGACCAGAAGCUGUUGGAGUUGGCCAAAUACUUGAAGUUGGCAUAAAGUCAAUUGGAACCAUCACAACGAAAGUCUGUGUGAUCAGCCCAAAAGGACUGCACAACUGAUUCAUGUUCAGUGCCAGGAAAUGCAAUGGGCCAUUCUGGGGCUGGGUCCUCAGUUAUUUUUGGCAAAGAUGGGUGGUAUGCAAAAGGGACUUCCUUUUUUUUUUCAGCACAGAGUCACAGAAUGCUGAGCAGUCAACAGCAUUUCUUGUUCCAAGAUCACCCUUCUGAGUACCUCUCUGGCUGCCAAAUUGCCAGGGCCUUCAUAGUUUGAUUCCAUUUCUCAGCUCCAAGCAUUGGGUAAACCCACCAAGCUAGGAUUGCACCAGUCCUGUGAUGGCGUUUGACGUCAGCUGCUUCUUUUGGGUGGUGCUGUUUUCUGCCGGCUGUAAAGUCAUCACCUCCUUGGAUCAGAUGUGCAUUGAGCGUGCCUGCUCCGCCUCCGCCUUCUGCUAUGAUUGUGUCUCAGAUCCUCCCCAGAAGCCAAGCAGAUACCACCAGCACCGUGCUUCCUGUAGAGCCUGCAGAACAAAAGAAGCCAACAAAACAUAUAACUGUGAAAAUUUAGGUCUCAGUGAAAUCCCUGACACUCUACCAAACACAACAGAAUUUUUGGAAUUCAGCUUUAAUUUUUUGCCUACAAUUCACAAUGGAACCUUCAGCAGACUCAUGAAUCUUACCUUUUUGGAUUUAACUAGGUGCCAGAUUAAUUGGAUACAUGAAGACACUUUUCAAAGCCAUCAUCAAUUGAACACACUUGUGUUAACUGGAAAUCCCUUGAUAUUCAUGGCAGAAACAUCGCUUAAUGGGCCCAAGUCACUGAAGCAUCUUUUCUUAAUCCAAACGGGAAUAUCCAAUCUCGAGUUUAUUCCAGUGCACAAUCUGGAAAACUUGGAAAGCUUGUAUCUUGGAAGCAACCAUAUUUCCUCCAUUAAGUUCCCCAAAGACUUCCCAGCACGGAAUCUGAAAGUACUGGAUUUUCAGAAUAAUGCUAUACACUACCUCUCUAGAGAAGACAUGAGGUCUCUGGAGCAGGCCACCAACUUAAGCCUGAACUUCAAUGGCAAUGAUGUUAAAGGUAUUGAGCCUGGGGCUUUUGGUUCAAUAGUCUUCCAAAGUUUGAACUUUGGAGGGACUCUAAAUUUGUCUGUUAUAUUCAAUGGUCUGCAGAACUCUACUACUCAGUCUCUCUGGCUGGGAACAUUUGAGGACAUUGAUGACGAAGACAUUAGUUCAGCCAUGCUCAAGGGACUCUGUGAAAUGUCUGUUGAGAGCCUCAACCUGCAGAAACACCACUUCUCUGACUUCUCAUCCACCACAUUUCAGUGCUUCACCCAAAUCCAGGAAUUGGAUCUGACAGCAACUCACUUGGCAGGGUUACCCUCUGGGAUUAAGGGUCUGAACUUGCUCAAGAAAUUAGUUCUCAGUGUAAAUCAUUUUGACCAAUUGUGUCAAAUCAGUGCUGCCAAUUUCCCCUCCCUUACACACCUCUACGUCAGAGGCAACGUGAAGAAACUUCACCUUGGUGUUGGCUGUUUGGAGAAACUAGGAAACCUUCAGAUACUUGAUUUAAGCCAUAAUGACAUAGAGGCUUCUGACUGCUGCAAUCUGCAACUCAGAAACCUGUCCCACUUGCAAACCUUAAACCUGAGCCACAAUGAGCUUCUUGGUCUCCAGAGUCAGGCAUUCAAAGAAUGUCCUCGGCUAGAACUCCUGGAUUUGGCAUUUACCCGCUUACACAUUAAUGCUCCACAAAGUCCCUUCCAAAACCUCCAUUUCCUGCAGGUUCUGAAUCUCACUUACUGCUUCCUUGAUACCAGCAAUCAGCAUCUUCUAGCAGGCCUACCAGAUCUCCGGCAUCUCAACUUAAAAGGCAAUCACUUUCAAGAUGGGACUAUCAUGAAGACCAACCUACUUCAGACCGUGGGCAGCUUGGAGAUUCUGAUUUUAUCCUCCUGUGGUCUCCUCUCUAUAGACCAGCAAGCAUUCCACGGCUUGGGAAAAAUGAGCCAUGUAGACUUAAGCCACAACAGCCUGACAUGUGACAGCAUUGCUUCUGUUAGUCAUUUUAAGGGAAUUUACCUCAAUCUGGCCGCCAACAGCAUUAACAUCAUCCCACCCCAUCUCCUCCCCAUCUUGUCCCAGCAGAGCACCAUUAAUUUCAGUCACAAUCCCCUGGACUGCACUUGCUCGAAUAUUCAUUUCUUAACAUGGUACAAAGAAAACCUGCACAAACUUGAAGGCUCGGAGGAGACCACGUGUGCAAACCCGCCGUCUCUAAGGGGAGUUAAGCUAUCUGAUGUCAAGCUGUCCUGUGGGAUUACAGCCAUAGGCAUUUUCUUUCUCACGGUAUUUUUAUUAUUGUUCACCAUUCUGCUCUUUUUUGCAGUUAAAAACCUUCUCAGGUGGAAAUACCGACACAUUUAGUGCUGAAGGUUUCCAGAGAAAGCAAAUAAAUGUGCUUAGCAAAAUUGCUAUAAGUGAAGGAACUGUCAUCUGCUGGUGACCAGACCAGAAUUUUCAGAUUGGUCCUGGAGCUGGGCAGGGACUCACUGUGCUUUUCCGAACUUCUUACUCCUGUGAGUUCCAGAGCUAAAUAACCUUCUAGGCAAGUACACCGAACCGACUCAGGCCAGAGGGCCAGAUGCUGCUGUGAGAGGCACAGAACCCUUUCCGCAUGUGGAAGAGUGGGAGGAAGCAGCGGGAGGGGCUGGGCAAGGACUGCCAGCUCCAGAGUCACCCACAGGGAGGCCGUUCCCCUUCUACUCACCGACAUCCCUCCCAGCACCCCACACCCCUCCCCUGAAAGGAGAUCAUCAGCCCCCACAAUUUGGCAGAACUGAAGCCAGCCCGCUACCCACCCCAGCCACAGCAUUGUGCUUGGGUCUGGGUUCUCAGUCAUGUAGCCAUUUGGGAAACUUAGUUGGGGACAAAGUCUCAAUGCUUAUUUUAAAUGAAAAAA